AGAAUUAACACUCACCCUCUACACGCUCUACCCACCCCACACACACACACCAGCUCUAGCUAUAGCCCUAGCUCUCACGCAUCUUCCGCUUUCUCCACUACACGCAACAGUACCCUCGCCACUCAUCCCAACCAUGCGCGCUGCUCGUUGCUCGACGAUCUGCGGCGUGGCGGGCCUGCGCAUGGCGUCGUCGGUGGUGGACGAGAUGAAGGACCAGAUGCUGAAGCGCAACAAGGAGGACGCGCCGAAGAUCGCCGACCUGAAGAAGAAGCACGGCCACGAGAAGCUCAGCGACGCGACGAUCGAGGCGGCGUACGGCGGCAUGCGCGGGAUCACGGGGCUUGUGUACGAGUCAUCGCUGCUUGAUGCGAUGGACGGCAUCCGGUUCCGCGGCCGCACGAUCCCCGAGUGCCAGAAGGUGCUGCCGAAGGCCCCCGGUGGCAGCGAGCCGCUGCCGGAGGCGAUGUUCUGGCUGCUGAUGACGGGCGAGGUGCCGACGGCGGAGCAGGCGAAGGCGCUCAACACGGAGCUGCACCGCCGCGCGGACGCGGAGGCGAUCGGCGCCGCGCAGAGGGCGAUCGCCGCGCUGCCGAAGAACGCGCACCCGAUGACGGCCUUCAGCGUGGGCGUGAUGGCGCUGCAGACGUACUCGAAGUUCGCGGAGGCGUACGCGACGGGCAAGUCGAACAAGAAGACGUACUGGGAGUACGCGCUGGACGACGCGCUGGACCUGGUGGCGCGCACGCCCUCCGUGGCCGCGAUGAUCUACAACCGCGCGACGACGGGCGCGACGGAGGUGGCGGCUGCGAGCAACAGCGACCUUGACUGGGCCGCGAACUUCUCGAACAUGCUGGGCUUCAAGGACCAGGAGUUCUGGGACUGCAUGCGGCUGUACCUGUCCAUCCACGUGGACCACGAGGGCGGCAACGUGUCGGCGCACACCACGACGCUGGUGGCGUCCGCGCUGAGCGACCCGUACCUGGCCUUCAGCGCGGGCCUGAACGGGCUGGCGGGGCCGCUGCACGGGCUGGCCAACCAGGAGGUGCUGAAGUACCUGUUCAGCAUGCAGGACCGCGUGAAGGCGGACGGCGUGAACGUGAGCGACGAGGCGGCGCUGGAGAAGGCGCUGACCAAGUACACGUGGGAGCUGCUGAAGGCCGGUCACGUGGUGCCGGGCUACGGCCACGCGGUGCUGCGCAAGACGGACCCGCGGUACAUGUGCCAGCGCGACUUCUGCCUGCGCCACCACUUCGAGGACGACCUGUUCAAGCUGGUGAACACCAUCUACAAGAUCAUGCCCGACAUCCUGACGGAGCACGGCAAGACGAAGAACCCGUACCCGAACGUGGACGCGCACUCCGGCGUGCUGCUGCAGCACUACGGACUGAAGGAGCAGGACUACUACACGGUGCUGUUCGGCCUGUCGCGGCAGAUGGGCGUGAUGUCCGGUGUUGUGUGGGACCGCAUUCAGGGCCGCCCGCUGGAGCGCCCCAAGUCGACGACGACGGAGGCGCUCGCCAAGAAGUACCUCAACACGUCUUUGUAG